AUGUCUUUUCUUACUGACUUUCAGCGCUCUGCGGUUCAGAGUGCACAGAUCCUCCUUGAAAAUGCUGGUCUGUCUCCACGAGACCUGGAUUCAUUCUCGUCAUCGUCAUCAUCGCCAUCACCACCAUCAUCAUCACCGUCACCACCACCAUCACCUUCAUCACCUCCUCCUAGUACUCUGCCUAAAUUCUGCCCCGCUUCUCUAUCUACUCGUAAUACCUGUCUAGCUGUUGCUGGCACCCGUUAUACCCCACCUCCUGCACAACCUUUUACAGUGGAAGAUCGUCUGCAAGGACGGCAUUGUGUCACGCGCAAGACUUCUGCACAUGCCAUCAUCGAGCACCCAAUUGGUGCCACAGUUGAGUACCCACAGACCAGACGCCAUGCCGACGAAUCCAUCGCCCAUAUCUUUCAUAUAAACCCUUCCAUGUUUACUUCUACCUUGCAUCUUAAGUCGAGCUUCCAGUAUUCCUUGGGUGACAGGCACGGUGGUCAAAUCAUUGGGAAAUGUCUAAUGCUCCAUGAUGCUGGAGGGCAACCAGUUUCGUGCGCAAAGCUCAGAACAUCAUGCAAGGGCCUCAAAAUUUGUUCAGGACGUCAGCAUGAUAUCUCUGCACACCAUUUCACCAAUGUUUCUGAAGUUUUAGCUCACCAUCCAUCUACCUUGCGACGACGAGGUCCUGCUGGCACUGCUGACCAAGAACUUUUCGAGAAAACUCUUGCGUUUUUUGUUGCUCUUAGUCUUCGUGGCUGCUCGCCUCAUUCUCCUACUGAUGGACAGAACAACACAGACGUAGUAGGAGAUAGUAGCAUAGAUAUUGAUGAUGAUUUUGAGGGUCUGACAGCUGACCAGUAUCUCGACAGCAUCUCUACCAGUUCUGAUACCGAUCUCCAUAUUGGCUGCAUACCAUCAAGUCGUCGACCAGUCAAAAAAAAAUGUAAUGGAAGACUUGUCAUGCAUUUUGAUGCAUAUAAUCAACCAUUUAUUCGAUGCAGCCUGCAUUCUCGCACUGCAUGCUCGCAUUUAUUCAUACGAAAUUUGCAGGAGAGUGAUACCUGCUACUUGCAGGCACUACUGGAUGACGACCACCACAUGAUUAUGAAGUGCGAGCAACUUGCAAAGUCACAGGGAUAUGGUCCCCUGAUGCUGUGUAGUUUUGUUACUGGUCCAUCAUCACAAAAACAACAAGGUGUUCUACGAAAAUGGGCACACAACUGCGCAGCAUCAUUUGACAUAUAUGUUCCCGAAGAUCUAUUUGCCUGCCCUCGAAUACUUGUCCUUUGCACCAACCCUCAUUCACAUCCCCCUCCUCUACCUGUCAAAACUCCGCCUCCCCUCAUUGAUGUAUUUCAUAAAUUAGUUUCCCUCAUGAAGUGGAAACUUGCAGAUGCAACACCACGACGAAUAUACCUGGAUACGGCCUUUGUUGAGGGUCUUCAUCGAGUGCUCGACUGGCAAUUUCCUGAUGGCCGCGAUGCAAUGCUUCAAGACCUCCAUCCAUCACUCGCUAAUCUUGACCAUGUGUGUUGCCUUAUUAACAUAACGAGGUCUAUGAAGUACCCAAGUGGAACAGGAUUUGAAGGUGCACGUCGUCUUGCAAACGAACAUGCAUCCCUGCCUCUGGAGCAGCGCUAUGUCCGCUGUGCAGAAACACACGUCAUUGAACGUGGUGUGGAGUUCAAACUGGUUGUGUGUAUGACAUCACAAAUGUCAUCACAUCUCAUACAAGCCAAGCGUUUGUCUAUUGACACCUCAUUCAAACGAGCACAAGGAUGGCAGGAGUUUGAGAUUGAAUCAUGGGAUAGUGAACAUUGUCGCUCUGUUGUCAGCGCUCGUGCCUUCACCACAUCACAAAGCGCGAAGGCACACUUAAUUCUCUUUCAGCAAAUUUUUGACAUUGCAUCUGCAGACACUGGCCAGUCUUUUUCAUUUCACCACAUUCAUGGCUUUGGGUGCGAAAUUGUUAUUGCUGACAGCCACAAAGGCCAAGGACUUGGCUUAGGAAUGUACUGUGUGCAGCUUUCACGUUCCAUCUCAACAUCAUGCACACAUGAACCUCACCGACGUGUGUCCGACUUGGGCCCAUAUGAUCAUCUUCGCCGUUUUUACCGGCUAUGUGUAGCUCACUUUAAGAGAAAUGUUCAUGCUCUUCGCACACAUGUUUUGGAUGAAGUUUACUCGGCAAUGCUUAGUUUAGCGACAUGUGAGGAACACCCAGACAUCCAGAGAACAUUCAAUACUAUUCGUCGUGGUGGGCCAAAGGCUGCAGCAUGGUUGAAAGACAAACUCGAAGGAACAAAAUUCGCACUUCCGGCACUGUACCAACCUAUGAGCUUGAUUCCUCUUGCAUUAUGGAAAGCAUCACCUUCUACGACCAAUGGGAAAGAGCAAGCUCACCACAAUGCGUACCGUGAAGGUGUACACUUGACUCUGUUAGCUGGAAUCAUGAAGGGCAUGAAGUUCGAUCAAGGAGCAACGAGUAGCAUGAAUGUCCAUGCUACAUUUGGAGUCUCAACACGAGACCAAGAGGCAACUCAAGUUUAUCGUGCAACAAGAUGUAUUGUGCGGCAAACUUUGGCACAAAAAAAACGCUACAAGUCCUCACAACCUACAGCCACACCACAACCUCUGCAACUUCUUACUGUUCGCAACGUCACGAUGCCAAUACAACCAGCCACCAGACACACUGCCACCACAUGCGCCAUCACAAUGCCACCAUAUGACACGGUUGACGAGGAUUCCGUCCUGACCACUUUCAAUGAGCCACCAUCAGUCUCGCUUCACCAACCACUGAUGUCAUCACAAAUCAGCACAUUCAACAGCCUGUCAUUUGCACUACAGCCAGGUGCACGAAUCAUAGACUACUCACUGACCAGUGUUCCGUCUCCGUCAUUAAUUAUCAUAGACAACUCAAAAUGGCGCAUCUCGACAUAUAGCUCCCUGGCAGGAGCACUUGAUGAACACUUUCAGCACACUGAAGGGCGCAGUUGA